CAAGCAUCUUAUGGAGUUUCAAUGGUUGAUGACAAACAUGAUACCUAAUGGGGCUAAUGCAGAUGAAGGAAUGUUGCGUGCUUUUCCUUUCUCUUUACUCGAUGCAGCUAAAGAUUGGGUAUAUUACUUACCGCCUGGUAGUAUUACAACAUGAAAUGGGUUGAAGAAACUUUUCUUGGAGAGAUAUUUUCCUGCAUCGAAAGCGACUCAAAUUCGCAAGGAGAUUUGUGGGAUGAAACAAAGUGUGGGGGAAUCGUUGUAUAGAUGUUGGGAACGGUACAAGAGAUUGGUAGCAAGCUGCCCUCAUCACCAAUUUAGUGACACAAUGAUUAUCCAAUACUUCUAUGAAGGUCUCCAAGCAAGUGAUAGGAAUCUUAUUGACGCUGCAAGUGGUGGUGCACUUAUGAACAAGAAGGUGACACAUGCUAGAGAGUUGAUUGAGAGUAUGGCAGCAAAUUCUCAACAAUUUCAAGUCGUGGGUCAGAACCACCUACCAAGGGAGUUAAUCAAGUUGACGAGAUUAUUGAAUUACGUCAACAAAUGAGCAAUAUGAUGGCAAUGAUGCAACAAAUUGCAGCAGUGGUUGUAAAACCAUCACGCCCAGCUUAUGAGAACGUAGAGCAUGUCAAUGCUAUAUUCUCAACUCAGCCGUAUGGUAUUUACUCCAACACUUACGAGCAAGUUGCAAGUACAAGUUCUGUUUACAACCAUCCGAGUGAGUUCCAACAACAAGUGCAGCAACCGCAACAAGCCCAAAAGUCAGAAUUGGCAAAGAUGGUUACUUUUGUGGAGGCUCUAAUGUCCGUGGUACAGCAAAAUCAACAACUAGUGAACUUAAAUCAGCAGAAAACGGAUAAUGCAAUUAAGGAGUUGCAAUCACAAGUUGGUCAACCACAACAACAACAACCUCAAAAUCAAGGGUCCAAUAUGGAAGAGUUGCUGAAAUCUUUUAUGCAAAGAACGGAGGGUGCGGUCAAGGACUUGCAAACACAAGUUGGUUCGAUGGCCUAUGAGAUUAAUCAUUUGCAUGCAAAAAAUGGUUCGUUAAAGCUAAUAGAAACGUGGAGCAAGAUAGGGAUAUUUGGGAUGUUUUUAAGAAGGUCCAAGUGAAUAUUCCACUCAUUGAAGUAAUUAGACAAUCUCCUCGCUAUGCAAUGUGUGUAAAGGAAUUGUGCACUAACCAGCACAAGUUAACUGGUAAUGAGGUAAUGAGUGUGGGGGGAGAAUGCUUCGGCAUAUCUUCGAAAGAAACUCCCACCUAAAUUGAAGGAUCCCGGUAGUUUCACAAUUUCAUGCACAAUUGGUAAAACGAGGUUUACAAAAGCUAUGUUAGAUUUAGGAGCUUCUAUUAAUUUUAUGCCUACUUCUAUUUAUGAUGCUUUAAACCUUGGUCCUCUUAAGAAAACCGGCAUAGUUAUUCAACUUGCCGAUAGAUCUAAUAUUUAUCCGAAAGGGAUUGUUGAGGAUGUUUUGGUGCAGGUAAAAGGACUAAUAUUUCAAGUGGAUUUCUACGUUUUAGACAUGAGUGAUGUGAAUUCAUCCUCGUCUACACCUUUACUGUUGGGUGGACCUUUUUGAGUACCGCUAGAACGAAGAUUGAUGUCCACAAUGGCACCUUGACUAUGGAGUUUGAUGAAGAAGUCAUACACUUCAACAUCUUUGAGGCGACGAAACACCCAAGUACCAUUCAAUCAUAUUUCCAUAAUGUGUUGGAAGCCGUCUAAGGCGCAGAAAGCAAGGAGAUA